AUGCUAUCAAGGAAUUUAUUUCGCAGCUCUCGAUCUUUCAGCUCAUUUAAAUACAGAUUUUUCAGAAAUAACCUAAUUUAUUAUACUCUUGCCUUCGGCUGCUGCGGAGCUGCAUAUUCUUACAUAAACUACAAAAGAGAUCCAGAAUCAUCUCGUAAGCAACGAAUAAAAUCUAUUCAAGACGCUUUUUCAAAGCCUAAGGAAUUUAAUGGAGUUUCCAGACCUCAAGAGUGCGAAGAAAUCUUUGAAAAAUUUCCAAAAUCAAUUGUCGUUCUUUUUGAUCAGCCUCAAACUGGAAAAUCUUUACUUUUAAGUGAGAUCGAAAGUAAAAUUUACCCAAGGAAAUCUUUGCGAAUUGACAUAAAGCCUGAUCUAAAAGAAACUGUAAAUCAGUUCAAAUCUGAUAGCGAAUUAGAAGCCUUUGAAGUUUUGAAAUGGUUUAAAUUUAUAACAAAAGCAAUACAAAAUGAUGAAAGCAAAGAAAAACAUUAUAUAAUUGUAGAUGGGAUUGAAAAAGUACCAAAUCAAAUCCAAGAGUAUUUUUGAAAAUAUUUAUGAGAUUUAUUUAAAAAUAACGCUGCAGAAGUAUUGAUAGCUUUAAACGACGCAAGUCUAGCUAAAUAUGCUUAUAGCUUUGGAGAACCAGAAAUACAAUCUCUCUAUCCAUUAUCUAAAGACAAUUAUUUAAAAAUUUUUAUAAUUUACGAAAUGAAUUAAUAAAUAAGCGAAAAUUGAAUAAAUAAAAUAAAUUGUUCUAAAUGUGAAAUAAUUUACAUUAAAAUGUAUAUCAAAUAUUGAAGGAUAUGAUUUCCGUGAAGUCUCCACAAUUUAUGAGGAAGUUGGUCCUAAUUUAGAAUAUUCAUUUGAGAUGAUGAAGAACAAAGAAAAAGCACACACAUUUUUGGAGCAUAAAAAGCAAGAAAUCCAAGGAAAACUACAAAAUCUACUUGCCAAAAACCCUGACCUAAGAAAGGAUUUAAGUCACUCAAUAAGCUUAAUUAAUCAAAGCCGACCUUUAGGUGACAUUUUUGCUGCAACUGUUUUAGCCAAAGAGCUAAAAGACCUAGGUCUCGCCCAAGAGUAUCUGAAUGGCUCAGUAAGAUUUCGUAAUCAAUAUGUCUUAAAAGUAGUCCAAGAAACAUUAAAAAAGCUUUAA